AAAACAUUUCACUGGGGAAGUUCCCAGCAGCAGGAGCAAAAGCGGCAGCCGCUGCCUCAUGUGUCUCCCAGUGCAGCAUCAGCAGGGGCUUGCACCAUGGCGCUCUCCUUGCUGCGCCUCCUUCUCUUGAUGCUGUUUGGCGUGUGGUGGCCAGGCCUGGAGCGGCAUCGGGUGGGAGCAGCUCAGGUGCGGGAGCACUACAUAGCUGCAGAGAGCACCAACUGGAGAUACAGACCCUUGUCCAAAGGACAAUCCGGAUCAGAAGAUUCAGUGCCUGUAUUUAAGAAAAUUGCCUAUCGAGAGUAUGAAGCAGAUUUUCAGAAAGCAAAACCAACAGAUACUUUCUCAGGGCUUCUGGGACCAACUCUGCGUGCUGAAGUGGGAGACACUUUAAUAGUUCACUUCAAGAACAUGGCCAACAAACCGCUGAGCAUUCAUCCACAAGGCAUAGCUUACAGCAAACUGUCAGAAGGUUAUCUGUAUGCUGACAGAACAUCCUCCUUCGAAAAACUGGAUGAUGCUGUGCCUCCAGGCCAGGUGUAUAAAUAUACAUGGGAAAUCACUUCUGAAAUUGGGCCAAAAGAAGCUGACCCUUCCUGUCUCACCCGUGUCUAUUAUUCACAUGAAAACAUGGUGACGGACUUUAACUCUGGUCUGAUUGGAGCAUUGCUUGUGUGUAAAAAAGGAAGCCUGAACGAAGAUGGGACGCAGAAACUGUUUGACAGAGAAUACGUGUUGAUGUUUGCUGUCUUUGAUGAAAGCAAAAGCUGGCAAAAAUCAGCCUCUCUCCUAUACACCAUUAAUGGUUAUGCUAAUGGGACAUUGCCAGACCUAGAAGCCUGCACAUAUGAUAACAUUAGCUGGCAUUUGAUCGGAAUGAGCUCCAAACCAGAGAUUUUCUCCAUCCAUUUCAACGGGCAAGUCCUGGAGCAAAAUCAUCACAAAGUCUCGACUGUCAGCAUUGUGGGAGGUGCCUCAACCACAGCAAACAUGACCGUGAGCCAGAAUGGAAGGUGGCUGAUAUCGUCUCUUGUCCAGAAGCAUCUGCAAGCUGGAAUGCAUGGGUACCUCAAUAUAGAAGAAUGUGAGGAGAAAGAUGUGUUCAAGAAGAAAAUAUCCUUUAAGGAACUGCGCAUGAUUAAGGACUGGGAAUAUUUCAUUGCUGCGGAAGAAAUCACCUGGGAUUAUGCUCCAAAUGUUCCAGAGACCAUUGAUAGGCACUAUAAAACUCAGUAUUUGGACAACUUCUCAAAUCUCAUUGGGAAGAAGUAUAAAAAGGCUGUUUUCAGGCAAUAUACAGAUGCCAACUUUAACAAGCGUCUAGAGAAUCCCCGGCCCCAGGAAACAGGAAUUUUGGGUCCUAUUAUCAGAGCUCAAGUCCGAGACAGAAUCAAGAUCGUGUUCAAAAAUAUGGCCAGUCGACCCUACAGCAUUUACCUCCAUGGAGUGACGCUUUCAAAGGCUGCAGAAGGAGCCACUGAUCCCCUGAAUUCCACAGACAACAGCACCCAGAGUAAAGCAGUUCAACCAGGAGACACCUACACGUACAACUGGAGCGUCAUGGAAACCGAUCAGCCCACCGCACAGGAUGCCCAGUGUAUAACACGAUUAUAUCACAGUGCCGUAGAUGUAACCAGGGAUAUAGCCUCUGGGCUGAUUGGCCCACUUCUCAUUUGUAAAAGCGAAGCGCUGAACAAGAGGGGUGUGCAGAACAAAGCGGAUGUGGAGCAGCAGGCUGUGUUCGCCGUGUUUGAUGAAAACAAGAGUUGGUACCUGGAGGAUAACAUCAAGCAGUACUGCAGCAACCCCUCCAGCGUUAAAAGGGAUGAUCCCAAGUUCUACAAGUCUAACAUAAUGCACACAAUCAAUGGAUAUAUGUCUGACAGCACUGAAAUCCUGGGAUUCUGUCAAGAUGCAAUUGUACAGUGGCAUGUCUCCAGUAUUGGCUCCCAGGAUGAGAUUGUGUCCAUACGCCUUUCUGGUCACUCUUUUUUGACUCAAGGGAAGUAUGAAGAUGUACUGAAUCUUUUCCCCAUGAGCGGAGAAUCCGUCACUGUAGAAAUGGACAACAUUGGUACCUGGCUCUUUGCAUCCUGGGGCUCUCCUGAGAUGAACCAUGGCAUGAGGCUGAGGUUUAGGGAUGCCAAAUGUCAAAAAGAUGUAGAUGAUUAUGAGGAUGUCCCAGAUUUAUUCUUAGAUUUCUCCUCUGAGAAGAUUCUUAAAAGUGUGCCUGAAACUUCUCCCCAAACUGAAGAGGAAAUGGAAGAAACAUUAGAUGGAAACCAGGAACCUUCUGAUGAUUCUGAUUACCAAGAUAAUCUGGCCUCAUUUUUGGGACUUCGGACAUUUAGGAAUACAUCAAUGGUCCAGGAAGAAAUACAGAAUCUUACUGCUUUGGCCAUAGAUGAAAACUUUGGCACCAGCACUAGGAGUGAUGAUGGGGCUUCUGGGUCAGCUCUCCCAUUCAUGGAGAAUAGCAAUACCAGGGACACAGGUGAGUUCUUGGAAACUCAAAGCACUCUUCUUCUCCCAACUGAGACUGAGUCCCUCUACACUAAUUACACAGUGGCAACAAGAGAACAUGAAUUUCCGGUUACCACAACAGCAGUAAGUCCUGACUUGGCAUUUGAAGCUGGAAAUCAAAGUGACUAUGAAGCAAAUCGCAAUCAGAUGUCAGGAAAUCAUGAUGAAACACUUAUGGGACAACUAGUGAGAGCCAGGGAAGAAGCCCAAACCAAAGAUGCAGCAGAUCUGUUAUCUGACAGAGGCACCAGCAUAACGCCAUCAUUUGCAAUACUCUCUUCAGGGGAACUGCAAGAAGAGGACAGCUCAAGAGGAGAAUAUAAUGUUAGUAGAAAGCGGGAAAGGCGAGAUGUGUUUCAGACUAAGCUGUAUGCUGUUAAAAAGAUGCAAGCCCUCUUAAGUCAUGUACAGCAAAAUGAAAGCCUUUCCUUUUUUGGCAACACCAGUUCAGAACAACUACCUCUUUCUGCUCAUGCAGAGAAUACCUCCAGUUCAGAUAUGUUAGGAACUGAUCAACUUCCAAAUAAAUAUGUUGAGGACCAGGAUGUGAAGGAGGAAGAGUGGGAGGAAGAAACCAGUACAGAAAAAACUGAAUUUCCCAAACAUGCAGAUAACGUCACUUUUGCUGAGGGACACAGAGCAGAAAACAAUGAAUUAAAUUUGUUCGGUCUUUCUGAAUUAGAAUUACCCAAAGACAAGCGAGAUAGAAAUUUUACUCUAGAUAAUGCAUCGGAUAUUUUAACUCCUGGUCACAGCUCAGUAGCAGCAAAGGACAAGUUGGGAAAGCUAAUACCAAGGGGCGUGAAGUAUCCAUCUAAAAUUAUGGAUGAAAAGUGGAAUAUGGCCUCUGUGAAGGAGAAUUCUAGGAUGGAGACAAAUUCAGGUCAGGCUACUGAUAAGUUACAGAAUCCUUCCAGAAAUGCUACAAUGCCUACAGGAGACAUCAUAUCCCUGAAUAAGAAGCAAGGAAAAUUCAAAGGCAAUGCACACUUUACCAAGGGCAAAUUGAAUGUAAGCCACAAGCAUCCGAAUUUGAAAGGAGAAGAGAGAAAUGUAAAUGGCACCUUGAGUAAAUCUGUGGCUCUUAUCAAGACCCGUAGGAGGAAAAAGAAUGAUCAAAAGUACAGUAGUCUCUCAAUGACACCUAGAGGUGUGAGACUCCCAAAGGUGCAGAGAGAGCUCAAUUGCACGCUGUUGUCCAGUGAGGCCAACCACACCCUACCUCUUUGUCAGGCCAACAAUACAGCAUUGUCUAAUGAGGCCAAUCACACAGUUUUGCUGAGCAGGACUAACGACACACUGACCCCAAGGCAAUUUAAGCCAAUCGUCAUAGGGCUUCCCAAUGGAAAUGGGGACUACAAGGAGUAUGUUCCAGGAGGCUCUGACAGCGAGGAAAUUGAAGAUAACCUAUAUGAAUAUGAAUAUGUAGAAUUCGAUGACCUGUACAUGAAGGACCCCAGAUUCAACAUAAAUAAUAUUCGUAAUCCUGAUGACAUUGCUGUGCACUAUCUACGCAGCAGAGGGCACAUGAGGAGGUACUACAUCGCAGCAGAAGAGGUCAUCUGGGACUAUGCAGGAUUAAAGAAAAGCACAACGAGGAAUAGCCGAACCAGACGUGAUGGGGGCAACACCAUAUAUAAAAAAGUGAUUUUCCGAAGCUACGUGGAUAGUACCUUUACAGUUCGGGAGGCUGAAGGGGAGUAUGAAGAACACUUGGGUAUCCUGGGUCCCGUUAUCAGGGCUGAGGUGGAUGAUGUCAUUCAAGUUCAUUUUAAAAAUAUGGCAUCUAGGCCAUAUUCCCUCCAUUCCCAUGGGCUUUUCUAUGAGAAAUCCUCUGAGGGAAGCAGUUAUGAAGAUGAGUCUCCAGACUGGUUCAAAAAGGAUGAUGCAGUUCAGCCAAAUGACACCUAUACCUAUGUAUGGUUUGCAACCAAGCGGUCUGGACCCAUACAACCUGGACCAGCCUGUAGGUCCUGGACCUAUUAUUCUGAUGUAAACCCGGAGAAAGAUAUUCACUCAGGCUUGAUUGGACCAAUCUUGAUCUGUCAAAAGGGAACCCUCAGUGCAAUUAACAGGCCAGUAGAUACCCGAGAGUUUGUCCUGCUUUUUAUGGUCUUUGAUGAAGAGAAAAGCUGGUAUUUUGAUAAGUCUUCCAAAAGGACUGGCACCGAGAAGACCUCAGAAGUGCAUAAAUUCCCUGCCAUUAAUGGGAUCAUAUACCACUUGCAAGGACUGAGAAUGUAUAAAGAUGAAUUUGUUCGAUGGUAUUUGUUGAAUAUGGGCGGAUCAAAAGAUAUUCAUGUGGUUCAUUUUCAUGGUCAGACCUUCACAGAACUUGGAGUCCCUGGGCAUCGGCUGAGUGUCUACCCUCUCCUUCCAGGCUCAUUUCGAACUAUUGAAAUGAUACCAUCAAGAGCUGGUGUAUGGUUUUUAGACACCGAAGUGGGGGAAUACCAACAAGCUGGAAUGCAGGCAUUCUUUAUCGUUGUAGAAAAAGAGUGCAAGUUACCAAUGGGCCUAAUGAAUGGAUUAAUACUUGAUUCACAGAUCAACGCGUCUCAUCACAUAAGCUAUUGGGAACCUAAAUUAGCCAGAUUAAACAACGCUGGAACAUAUAAUGCUUGGAGCACUGACUUGGAGCCAAGUGAAUUUCCAUGGAUCCAGGUGGACCUGCAAAGGCAAGUUCUGAUCACGGGGAUAAAGACGCAAGGAGCCAAGCAGUUCCCGAAGUCCUUGUAUGUGAAAGAGUUCUUUCUGACUUACAGCAAGGACAAACGGAAGUGGAUCACCUUCAAAGGAAACAGCACUAGGGAACAGAAGUUGUUCGAAGGUAAUUCAGAUGCCAGUGGGAUAAAAGACAAUCACAUUGAUCCACCUAUCAUUGCAAGAUAUAUUAGGGUCUAUCCAACUGUCUCCUACAACAGGCCUACUCUUCGCAUGGAGCUCCUGGGCUGUGAAAUCGAAGGUUGCUCUAUGCCACUGGGAAUGGAAAAUGGGGAGAUCAAGAAUACUCAGAUUACAGCUUCUUCCUAUAAGCAAUCCUGGUAUAACUCAUGGGUACCUUCCCUUGCACGUCUCAAUCAGCAAGGGAGAGUGAAUGCCUGGCAAGCAAAGUCAAACAACAACCAGCAGUGGCUGCAGAUUGAUCUCCUCAAAGCUAAGAAGAUAACUGCUGUCGCAACCCAGGGUUGCAAGUCCAUGACUACUGAACAGUUUGUGAAAACCUAUGCCAUCCUUUACAGUGAUGAAGGCACAGAAUGGGGCACUUAUAUGGAUGACUCCACUUGUGUGGGAAAGGUGUUUGUGGGGAAUGAGAACAGCAGUGGACAGGUCAAGCAUUUCUUAAAUCCACCCAUAUUUUCCAGGUUCAUUCGCAUAAUUCCUAAAACCUGGAAUCAAAACAUUGCUCUUCGUGUUGAACUGUUUGGCUGUGAUCCUUCCUAGGGGCUGGACACUUGAGUAUACAUGAACAAAGGAUUGCCAGAUCUGGGAGCCAUGUGUUUUUCAGCAGUGCAGAACUGUAUUUAAAAAAAAAAAAAUCUUAGCUUUGGUUAUAUUUAGUCCUUCUGAAGUGCCUUUCUUCCAAGGAUCUUAGUGGUUUGCCAACAUCAACUAAGAGAUUUCAUUGGCAGAUAUUUCAUUCAUUCACAACAGGUGGGAGGGCAUUUCCCAGAGUGGGUAGGUAGGCAAGUGUUUGCUUUGCUCAAGCAUGGGUGCUAAAAAUAGCAGUCUGACUGCAGCUACACAGGUGGCAGCUUAGGCACAUGGGUGAAGAGAUCAGGUGGGAUUGUUCUCAGAUGCCUAGCCUGUGCUGCUAUGGUCACAAUGCUAUUUUUAGCGCACAAGCUCGAGCAGAGCUAGCACAUGUCUGGCUACCUGCUCUGGGAAGCGCCAGUGUAGACCCACCCUUAAAAAGAAAACAACAAAUAAAAAAACCCACAAAGAAUGCAGCUGUGACAUGCCUCUUUCCAUGGCAAUCUGUGCACCCAAAUGCAUUCCCUCCAUUUCUCUACCACUGUCUUCUCCUUCCCCAAUUCACUCACAAUGGUCUGUUCUCCUUUUGUCCUGGUCCUCACCUAAUUUUAGACUCUCUUUCCUGAGGGCAGGGACCUUAGGCAUAAUCCUGAGCUCAGAUUUGCUCCCUUUGUAGCUCACUCACUGUGGAAAGCUAUGAGAUGUCCCUUCCUAGGCAUUCCCCUUGGCUGUUGAAGAGAGAGAACCUGCUGGCAAUAAUACAGGGUUAGAUAACAGGAUGGUGAAGACACCUAUAUCUUGUCUAUACUAUACCAUUUGCCAACAUAAUCACUGGGGAGGCUGCUAUGAUGCAAAAAACAUAUAGAUUUUCCCAGGAUGGAUGCAUUCAGAGACUAUAUUCACUGACCCUGAAUAUACUUUUUCAGCAGAGUUUUAGCUUAAGCUUUCAGUACUGUAGUAGCCUCCAGUCUUAUCAGCAGAGGACCCCCUCUGUUCACGUGGUUCCUCAUAGCCUGGGCCAGAAUAUCAUCAAGAACCCUGGACCUUGUUUUGGUCCAUAACUUUCUAACGUAUUGUCUGAUGCUGCUUCCAGAGAAUUAGAAUUCUUAUAUAAAAACAUGUACACGUUUACAAAUAAAAAUGUAUAAAACCAGUUAAAUUAAACUUUAAAACCUCUUUUCA